AUGUCCGCUCUGGGCAUGCGAAGUGGAUGCCGCCUUUGCCUGGACACGCUCCCAUUGCAAGCCGAAGCUCUUCACCACUACCGGGCAUUGCUCAAGUCCUGCUUGGAGUCCGUUCAAGGCGAUGUGGAGGAGAUGCAAUCCGUAGGCAUCUUGCACCAGAAGCUGCAAGAAGUCGAGUGCAUGCAGUACCGUUUGAUCAUGAAGGAAGCCGGGAAGGAAGAUCAGGAGGUUCUCGCUGGCAGCACGGCGCUGGCAGGGCGAAGCCCGCUCGGCCGCUGCGUUGCCGUUGCCCGAGCCAGCAGCCGAUCAAGCAGCGGAAAAAGGAGAACAGGCAGCGUGUUGUCAGAUCCCAUCGAUGAAUCUGCGGAGACGGGCCUGGAUUUGGACCAGGACGACGCAUUCACUACGUUGCUAUCUCCGAGUCUGCAGAGUCCGAGCAUCCCGUGCGAUGAUCCUGGUUCGAAAUCGCCUACAAGCACCACCAGCGAGGAUGCCGCCAAUGAGGAGCAGGAAUUGCCUUCGCUGCCACGGAAGCCCACAGCACCGAAGACGCCCAAAACCAUGUCUUUCCUCACACGUUUGAGGCGCCGCUCUGCCACCACGAGCAACUGA